ACUUUCACACCUAGAAGAACAGUCCUGAUAUCAGUUCAACUUGUAAAACGCCAUUUCGUAGGCUUUGAAUCACCUAAGAAUCUUCUUCUGUCAUGGCGGCAAUGGCUGCUUCUCAUUUCUUCUGCAGUCGCCACAUUUACUCUUCUGGCGAUGGUAUAUCGAAAAUCAGUAAUCCCCGACUAUACUCUUCUUCUUAUAAAUCCAAAGGAUUCUCAUCUUUUGAGAAGAAUUGCAGAAAUUUGAAAAGCCAUAUGGUUAAAGCCGCAUCUGAUGGCUCAAAACAUGGCAGAAAACAAGUGGAGUUAGUGUAUAAUCUUGAUGAAAAACUAAAUACAUUGGCUGAUGAGGUGGAUAUGAAUGCUGGAUUGUCAAGGCUCUCUCUCUUUUCUCCUUGCAAGAUCAAUGUUUUUCUAAGAAUAACCGAUAAGAGGCCAGACGGGUUUCAUGACUUGGCAUCUCUAUUCCAUGUGAUCAGCUUAGGAGAUAAGAUAAAGUUCUCCUUGUCACCAUCAAAAUCUAUAGAUCGCUUGUCAACUAAUGUGCCUGGAAUUCCGCUUGAUGAAAGAAAUUUGAUAAUAAAGGCCUUGAACCUGUACCGGAAGAAGACUGGAAGUGACAAAUUCUUUUGGGUUCAUGUUGAUAAAAGAGUUCCAACUGGGGCUGGGCUUGGGGGUGGAAGUAGUAAUGCUGCAACUGCUCUUUGGGCAGCAAACCAAUUUAGUGGUUGCCUGGCCACUGAAAAGGAACUCCAAGAAUGGUCUAGUGAAAUUGGCUCAGAUGUCCCCUUCUUCUUCUCCAAUGGAGCCGCCUAUUGCACAGGUAGAGGUGAGGUUGUUCAAGACAUACCCUCACCUGUAGCUUUCGACAUGCCAAUGGUUCUGAUUAAGCCUCCAGAGGCAUGCUCCACAGCUGAAGUUUACAAGCGUUUCCGGUUGGAUAUAUCAAGUACUGUUGAUCCCUUAACUUUGCUGGAGAAGAUCUCAAAUAAUGGAAUAUCACAAGAUGUUUGUGUAAACGAUUUGGAACCUCCUGCAUUUGAGGUCCUUCCAUCUCUGAAAAGACUAAAACAACGCAUAGUUGCUGCAGGCCGUGGAAAAUAUGAUGCUGUUUUUAUGUCUGGAAGUGGAAGCACCAUAGUAGGGGUUGGUUCUCCGGAUCCCCCUCAAUUUAUAUACGACGAAGAAGAUUAUAAGGAUGUCUUUUUAUCCGGUAAGCCAGGAUUACUGGUCCCUUUCAUCUGUUGAUUCUGGUGCUAGAUAUGAGGUUUUUUUUUGUGCCUGUGUUC